AUGCCUCCCUUUCCUGGUGAAGACCGUUUGCUGACGCUCUUUGCGGACGUCCACUACUAUUUCACGAUUCCUACCCCUAAUCCAGUAUACCACCGAUUCGACAAAGGCUCGUAUCUAUACGUAUAUCAUGAUGCUGUACGGGGUAGUGCAAGACUGGAGAUUGCAAACAACCCGGGUACAAAUGAGCAGGACGCCUUUAACGGAGUUCUCGACAAUGUCCACAUCGUACACUCAACCAGAUUUCCAACGUUGUGUACCAUGACGGUCGGCUCCCAAGUUGAGAACUCCCCUGUAUCGGCACACAACUCCGACGGGAGCCAGGAACAAUGGCUUCUUCCGUUUACCGAUCCUCGUGGGCAGAGUAAGCGUAGCCUUCGCUUGCACACGCUGGACAUAUAUUUCUGGACUAGUGAAGAUGCGGAUCAAUUCUUAGAUGCCGCGGAGCGAGUUCUCCCACAACAGCUAGAAUCGGACCGCCAGGCGCAGUCCGAAGUCGUUGAAGAGCCUGCAGUGAGCACGGUAGUAGAGAAGUUGGAAAACGUUGCCAUUACCGAUCCUGCCUAUCAGAAUGGACAGACCAAAGACUCCCGUUCAGAGCCUGCCCAGACUGUUCAGGAAGCGCCUAAGGAAGAACAAACGGAUUAUACACCCCUGGCCUACAACCCUGCUGCUCCUGCUGCUCCAGAACCCAUCAAGCAUAGAGAAAAGACCCCUCCCCCUGAAGAUGCAGAUGGAGGCACCGGCCUCAUCGCGGCAGCCGUGGCGGAUCAUCAUCCUCAGUAUUAUCCUUCCACACCGGCUGCUAGCGGUUUCUCUCAACCACCGAACUAUACGGCUAGCAGUCAGUUCAACUCUCCAUCUCCAAGUCGUAGCCUAUCCAUAUCGUCGAAUCUUCCGGGACCUCCAGUUUAUACGGCUCUUCCAGUGGCAAGUCCACCGCCAACCCAAGCUGGGGGCAUGAGCUUCGCACCGCCCCCUCCAAACCCUAACGCUCAUCUCUUUUCUCGCGAUUCUUAUGAUUCCCAGCAAUCUCAGACACUCCCUCAGCAAGUCCAGACUCCGCAGCCACAGCAACAACCACCGCCACCAACACCAUCACAGCCACAGCAACAUGCUCAUCAUUCCCACCAUCCGCAAUAUCAAGACUAUCUUCAAAACCAGGGCCAUGCUUCCCAAGAUAUACGCGUUGCUAUCGGAGGUUACUCCAACUACUCGUAUGCCCAACACAAUCAAAAUCAAUACGGGCAAUUAGCUACCGAAUAUGACAUCCACAACCAUGUUUAUCGCCCAACAGAGGCUGAGCUCAAAAACCCCAGGUUUUCCAAUGAAACCCCUAAGCCCCGUGGAAAUAAGAUUGAGAAGGGAAUGGUCAGGGUAGACAGCAAAGUAAAUGGGUUCUUGAAGAGAAUUGAGAGGAGGAUUGGAUAA